AUGGAGAUCUCAAGAGGAAGGAAAAAUUGCGCUACAUUGGAGGAUCUGCCAGAAAACUGCAUCUCUCUUAUUCUCUCAUUCACCACUGUAAUUGAUUUGUGCUGUCUUGCCCCUGUGUCUCAGUUUUGGAGAUCUGCCGCAAAUGAGAAUUCCCUCUGGGAACGGAUGAUCGAUCAACGAUUUGGGAAUGAAAUUUCCAAAGCAAUAUCUACUUUAGCCUUUCCUUCACGGAAGGACCUCUAUAUCUCUCUCAUAAAAGAUCAUAAGACCAAAAGUAUAUGGUCGGAGAUAUCAACUGAGAAAAUUUGUUGUAUGAUUCCUGCGACAGACUUAAUCAUAGCUCAGAGUUAUGACCUUCUUUGUUGGGAAUGGGUGAGGCGGGAUGAUUCAAGGUUCGCGCAGGUAGCCAGAUUGAGAUAUGUGUGGAUGUUUGACAUAUGGCAAUGUUUCAAGUGCAGUAUCUUGUCUGCCAAUACACACUACAAAGUGUCAUUUAUUAUAAGACUUGACAACAACUUUCCCUGGAGCCGACAUGUUGGGUAUCCAUCUCCCUUCAUAUUCUCAGUUGUAGCGCCUGAUGGGGUUCGAAUGGAAUCUGCUCGAUUUUUGGAUGAUUUAGAAAAACCAGUUGAAAACCAUGGGAAAGGAUUCAGCAUGACUCCUUUUUCAGAAAAUGAGAAUGGCUGGCUAGAAUUCGUUGCUGGUGAAUUUUUCUUAAAAGAGGAGCAUCUCAAUGGAGGGGCAAAAGAGAUUGAGUUUUCAAUGAAAAACACAGACAGUACUUUCAUGAAGACUAAUAUUUGGGUGGAGGGUGUUAAGAUAGAACCUAAGCAUUAG